AUGGCCAACGCCACUGCCCAAUCACCCACCUUUUUCAGCCUAAUCGCCACCAUGAAUGACUUAUUAACAGAAGGACCCGAACCCGAUUCAAAGGUUGUGGGUCGAGCUAGUGGUCUCUUCGGGUCGUCUUCACUGCAAGAAGUAGAGCUACACAUGACGUUCAAUAUUGUGUUCACAGAGGGAAAGUAUAAUGGCAGUAUGCUAACUGUAAGUGGGUACAAUCUGUUCAAUAAUCGGUAUCGGGAACUGCCCAUAGUUGGCGGGUGUGGUGUUUUCCGACUGGCUCACGGUGUCGCCACCCUAGAAAAUGUUUGGUAUAAUAAUACCUCCGAUGAUGCUGUUGUUGAGUACCAUGUCAUGGUAUUGCAUUAUUGA